AUGAAAGAAGCCGUCCGGUCAUAUUAUAAAAACAGAAGCAGAAGAGAGACAGAGACAGAGAUCGCAUCGGCCAAAGCCCACUCUCGAUCCCUUAAUCCCCUGACAUACGAGGUUUUGGUCGCCGUGGCGGGCGGGAACAAGAAGCGAUACAAGGGACGAGGGGGUUGCAAAAGCAAUAAAAAAACCCGGAAGAAUGCGCUUGGGACGGUCUUUACAGAAACACAGCAUGCAGCAGAGACAUGCCGUCCGCGCGAGAAGACUCUGGAUACGAUAGAGGUGAAAGGGAGUCGAAAGAAAGAAAAAAGAAGAGAAGAGAGAGAAGCGCAAGGGCGGAUGGAAGAAUGCAAGAUGAAUGGCGGCUAG